AUGUCGGCUGCUCUACUCGCUGCUGCUGCCGAAAACCCUUCUUCAAAUCCUUACGCCAUGGCCGCAAAGACUGCCGGAUCAGGCUCGCUCCCCAACGGCCUGAAUGGAAUUGUCAAUGGCUUACCCAACAAACCAAAUGGACUGUUACCAACUACCGACGCCAAACGAGACAAGAAACAGUCGGUAGUCGCGCUACCUGGUAGAGGGAAACCAGUACCUCCUGAUAAGAAUGCUGCCCCUAAUGGUGGAGCUGAUGCUGUUGGAGAGGGUUCUGAUGACGAAACGAUCUUGUCGGCAAUUCAAGACUUGUUUCUCAAAAUCGUGUCGCAAAAGAAGAGAACGGGAACUAUAGCACCUACUCAGUUUGUGAAUAAACUGAAAAAGGAGAAUGAAUUGUUUCGGAGUAGUCAACAUCAGGAUGCACAUGAAUUUCUAAAUUAUACUCUGAAUGCUAUUGGUGAAAUACUCGUGAGGCAGCAGAAUGAAUUCAGAGAAAAGAUCAAGUCUGCCAGUGACGGUAAAGUGAAUGAUACUCCUGGUAUGGCUUCUAGUACAGAAGAUGAAAGGAGUACCAAAUCAGCACCAAAAACGCCAUCUAGUUGGGUGCAUGAGCUAUUUGAAGGGCUACUGACGAAUGAAACCAAGUGUCUGACGUGUGAAACUGUCACGGAUCGUGAUGAAGCCUUUCUAGAUUUAUCGAUAGAUGUAGAACAGCAUUCAUCACUCACCGCCUGUCUACGUAACUUUUCAUCAUCCGAAACAUUAUGCCAUCGUAACAAGUUCUUUUGUGAUACUUGCGGUUCAUUACAAGAAGCAGAAAAAAGGAUGAAGGUGAAGAAACUGCCGAACGUAUUGUCAGUCCACUUGAAGAGAUUCAAGUAUCAGGAAAAGUUACAGAGAUACGUCAAGCUGGGAUAUCGAGUCGUGUUUCCUAUGGAGCUAAGGCUUUUCAAUACCGCCGAUGAUACACCAGAUCCAGACAGACUGUACAACCUGUUUGCCAUAAUAGUACAUAUUGGAAGUGGACCGUAUCAUGGGCAUUACAUUGCAGUCGUCAAGAGCCAGGAGCAAUGGCUCAAAUAUGACGAUGAUAGCGUUGAGCCUAUUGAGGAAGUAGAAUUGGCUCAAUACUUUGGAGAAAGCAAUACUUCUGGAUGUGGCUACAUCUUCUUUUAUCAAGCUGCUGAUUACGAUGUCUCUAAAACAGUCAAGAUUAUGAGAACGAACGAGGACGGUACCAGCAGCAGCACUCAAAACGUGGAUUCAUACGAUACGGAAUCUACCAUGAUGGGAGGAGGCAAUCAUAGUAACAUAAAUAGUCCUCUAGCACCAUCCAUACCGCCAACACCAGCUUCAUUUGCAUCCAGUAGCUCGACAUUGAUACCGCCACUAAAUCUCGGACCAUCACCAUUACCAUCCAAUAUACUACCGCCCACAAAUCCACCUAUAACGACACCGCCGCCGCCAUUACCCAAUCCGACAGCUGCACAAAACUUGAUUGGAUCUAUGAGGAAGAGAAGUAAAGUCUUGACGAAGAACGGGAUGGUAGAUGAUAGUUCUAGUAUCUUGACAUCAUCUACAUCCUCGUCUACGAAUCCGAUUCCAGAUUCGUCAACUGAGUCUGGUAGUAUGAAUGGUGGUGCUAAUGGUAAUAAUAGUAAAGAGGGAUGGGGUUCGUGGUUUGCUAAACGAGAUUCUAAAACUGGCAAACAACUGUCUGCCAGUGGAACGACCUCAAAAUAA